AUGUGGGCCCAACACUCGAUGUGUGUGGGACAGACGACCAGGAUGAGGAAUGUCCUAUUAUUGCUCGGGACAUUGAGUGUGCUGGUGAUCAGCAGCGAAGCGACCAUCUUUGCCAGAUUCAUCAAACGAUGGUCUGACGACGACCAUGGAUGGGACGAUAGCUCACACGAUGAUUGGGAUAAUCCUUGGCACACCAAAACAAAGACGAUCAUCAGGGUGAAACCUGUCAUCAAAGUGAAGCACGUCGUUAAGGAGAUCCCAGUUUAUAAAACCGUCAAAGUUUACAAAACUAUCCCAGUCUACAAGGAGGUGCCCGUGGUCAAGGAGGUGAAAGUCAUUAAGCACAUCCACGUUCAUAAGAAAGAAGACUCCGGUGCGGAACAUCACGUAGUGACUGCCAACAAGGGCUGGGACCAGGGCGGCGGUGGGCACGGAGGAGGCGGUCACACCGAUCAAGUAUACUACGGUGGCGAAGCUCAGUCCAAUACUCUCCGCCUCGACAUUUCAGGAAAAGUGUAUGAGGCGACUGUGAAGGAUUCGGGCAGCGCACAUCACCAUCAAUGGCCUGCGAAUGCCGAAGACAGAGAUAAAAUUUGGAGCGAAAAAGGAUGGCAAGCCAAAGGAGAUCAUGGAGCCACACACUCGACGGGCGGUGACUAUGGACAAACGGGUGAACAAUGGAAAGUCGAGGAAGGCAGCGAGAGCGGGAAGCAUUGGCUACCCCCUCAAGGUUGGGUCCCACCUGAGGGAUGGCAACCACCACCAGGGUGGCAGGCGCCCCCCGGCUGGAAAGAAUGGGUCCAGAAACGUAAAUCGAGUCGGAAAGGGACGGUCUCAUCAGCCCCUAUAAGUCUGAAAAAGUCUUCCGGCUAAAAUUCAUCCUGACCAGACGCCAGAUGUGGAAUGCUUCGAUU